GGAUAUACAACAGGAAAUUAUGGUAUUGUCGCAGUGCGACUCACCAUUUGUCACCAAAUAUUUUGGUUCGUUCCUCAAGGGCACCAAACUAUGGAUUAUCAUGGAAUAUUUGGGCGGUGGCUCGGCUCUGGAUCUUAUGAAGGCGGGUUCUUUCGAGGAAAUGCAUAUAGCCAUAAUAUUGCGAGAAGUCCUUAAGGGGUUGGAUUAUUUGCAUUCGGAACGUAAACUUCAUCGUGAUAUCAAAGCGGCCAAUGUCUUGUUGAGCGAAAUGGGUGAUGUCAAAUUGGCUGAUUUUGGGGUGGCGGGCCAAUUGACAAACACCACCUCGAAACGUAACACAUUUGUGGGCACGCCAUUCUGGAUGGCCCCUGAGGUAAUCAAACAGUCCAUGUACGAUUCCAAGGCGGACAUAUGGUCGCUGGGCAUUACCGCAAUAGAAUUGGCUAAAGGCGAACCGCCUAAUUCCGAAUUACAUCCUAUGCGUGUCUUAUUCCUCAUACCCAAGAACAAUCCGCCACAAUUGACGGGAAACUAUACAAAAUCUUUUAAAGAUUUUGUUGAAGCGUGCCUUAACAAGGAUCCCGAGAAUCGUCCUACAGCAAAGGAAUUACUCAAGUAUCCUUUUAUAAAGAAAGCUAAGAAAAAUUCGUACCUUAUCGAUUUAAUAGACCGCUACAAGAAAUGGAAACUACAGAAGGGUGACGAAAGCGAAACUGAAUCCGAAAAUUCUGAUUCUGAUGACUCCAAGCCGGGCUGCAAUACAGAUGAACCCUGGAUAAUGACUGUCAAGGGUCUACAUCCAAACAGUGAUUCUUCACACAAACCGCUUAGUAGCAAUCAUUUCAAUAGACUUGACCCCCAUGAGCAUGAACUGAAAAUGGACAAACUGGCCCAAGGCAUGGACGUAUUGUCAUCGUCCAAUUCGCACCAUGGCGGCGGUAAACAUCAUCAACAAAGCAGUGCCUCCUCCGUCACAACCACGUCUCAAAAUAAACGUGACAGUAUGGCAGCAAGUGGCUCUUCGCCAUCAUCAGCAACAGCAGCAGCAGCAUCCGCUUCGUCCUCAUCGAUAUCAACGGUUACGUCCUCAAGUGCGGCAGCUUCCUCGAUUAAUACACGCGAGUCUUCGUCGAAUCACCAUCAUACCACACAGCAUUCCCCUCAUCAAUUGCCAGCCACCUCCUCCUCCUCCUUAUCAUCGUUUUCGGCCUCCAAUGCAAACUCCUCGCAACACAAACAGCAUAUGUCCUCAAGUGGAAAUCUGCUGGACGCCCCUACAAAGAAUGUCAUUGGCGGUGGUGGUGUUAUGCAGAGCUCAUCUAGUACUAAUUUCAAAGAACAACAAAAGGUUAAUAUGAGACCGACACGUACCACAUCCCUGGAUUCGGAUAUAGAACGACGUUCUUCGUUGCAAUUGAUGGAUCAUGCCAAGCAACAGCAGCGAGAUGAAGACGAGGAGAGAUCUAUGCGGCGCAGUACUAUGGCAGCUUCUAUUUCAUCGGUGGCUGUGGCCCCUCCCAGCGCUGGGCAUAUGCUGUCCACCAGCAGCAGCUUGGGCAAUGUUUACAAUGGCAAUAAUCAUGCGUCCUCCUCAACGGACUUUAUACACCAUGAGUCGUCAUCGUCAUCGUCGGCUCUUUCGCCCACAUCCUCCAAUGCCAAUCAUAAGAGUGCCUCGGCAGUCGGUGGUGGUCGUGUUUCCCACACCAACAGUGCAUGUCUUAAUAAUUUUCUCUUUCCUAUACUCUCUGAUAUUCAACGUAAAUAUAGCAGUAAUUCCAGCAAAAAUAUGAAUGUUUUGGACAUCAGUGAUUUGAAGUCCGUUUUUGAAUUGGCCGAACGCAGUCGUCCUGGCGUAAGUGACCUGUUUCUGAAAGAAAUCAUACAUAAACUUGUACCGGGCUAUUCGGAGACGCGCAUCAACAAUAUUAUGGAUAGAGCAAUUAGAAACAAAAAGUAGAUACGUGCAUACAUGCCUCCCCACCCCAACAAUGACUUCCCAAGUCCGGUUUUGUUGUGGAUAUUUUUAUGUUAUUCCUUCUAAACGUUUUUAUUUUUUGUAUUUUAUAAUAAUUAUUAUUUUUAUUUGUAUAAUUCUUAUUUGUCGUGCUUCACGAAGAUGAAGACACGAUGUAUGUUAUGAUGUGUUUUCUUUUCUGCAAUACUUCCACCUCGAGCGGUUGCAGUUUUGCAUAUUUGUAUGUAAAUUUAAAUUAAACAGAACAGCAAAACGUAUAACAACUACAACAAUAACAACAACCGCAACAAAAGAACACCCAGAAAGCACGGGGAAUUAAAACCAAACCACUAGAAGCAAGAAGUGCAAACCUGCAAUAUUUGCUGCAGUAAAACAGCAAAUGACAACAAAUCAACCAAUCCACAAUCAAUCAUCAAAACAAAUGCAAAAAAAAAAUUAAACAGCAAGUAAAUAUAGGCUAGACAACGUUACACAACAAUAACUACAAACAACAAAGCAGACAAAGUGCAGCAUAAUAAGAAAAGGAAAAAAGGCAUCCUUAUGAACUUCUUUCUGCCCUUCCCCUCCCCAAUUCGAUUAAGACGACCACUAGGACAACGUUAGUUUUUCUUCUUAUCUCUGAGAUGUUCGACCAGCUGUGUAUAUAGUGAUCGGGCCACUCUGAUACAUUUGAUAUCACUCUUCCUCCUCCACCCCCCCUUUGUUUUUGUAACACACAACAAUAGACAACAGCAACAACAAAAAAGUAAAUAAAUUUAUUUCAAAAAAGUAAA